CAGAAUGCAUUCCUCGUGACGUCACGCACACCUCGGCCCCUCCUCCUAUGGCAGCCCUGGGGCAUGGUGGGCUUGUCAGGAUCCAGGCUGCAGCUGGCUGGAGGGAGCCGAGGUUGAUUUCUUCCUCCGCAGCUGGAUGCAGACAGCAUGUUUGAAGUGAUGAGAUGACCACCACGCUGAGCCUCUGUGGAAGGAGGGAUUUUUCCUUUGACUUCAAUUUAAGAAAAAUCUGUGACUGAUAACAAGGGAGAAAAAAAUCCAAAGUGAUUGUGAAUUUGAUGAAACUGGAAAGGGAUUCAGACAACAUUCAAUUGUAAAUCCCUGUAAGAACUUGACUUCAGGGAGUAACUGUCCUCAGGAUAGUGAAUUGGUAGAGCUUUCUCAGUCCCUUUGGAAAUCUCCUCAAAUGCACAAGUAUCAGGACAACCUAAGAGUAAUGGGCUCCAGGUGAAGUUCAGACCUCAUUAGAAAUUUUAAAAGUUAUCCUGAAGAAAUGCAUUCUAUAGGUAAUAAAGGAGGGAAGUCCUUCCCACAGAACUCUAAGCUUGCUGGAUAUCAGAGAAUCCACACUGGUGAGAAACCUUAUGAAUGUAAUCUGUGUGGAAAGACUUUCACCAAGAGCUCUAGUCUUACUAAACAUAAAGGAAUCCACAAUAAAAAGGAACCUCAUGAAUUUAAACAGUGUGGAAAGGUUUUGAAAGAGAAAGACAAUCUUGUUGAACAUCAGAGAAUCCAUACUGAAGAAAAACAUUUUGAAUAUAAACAUUGUGGAAAGGCUUUCACAGAUGUCUCUAAUCUUAUAGAACACAAGAAAAUCUACACUGGAGAGCAUGGUAUGGAAAGAGAAAAUUUCUCCACCUUGAGUAUCCUUCAACCUGAAGAGCACCAAAGUCUAGCCCUAGGAGAGACCAUGGAACCAGAGAGAAUGAUGCCUGAGACCCAGAGACCCCCAUCUGAGGAGUCAGUAACAUUCCAGGAUGUGACUGUGGACUUCACCCAGGAAGAGUGGUGCAUGUUGGACCGUUCUCAGAAAAAGCUGUACAGGGAGGUCAUGCUGGAGAAUGUGCAGAAUCUGCUCUCUGUGGGGCUGCCAGUUCCCAGAGAAGAUUUGAUAUCCAGUUGUCAGCAAGGGGAAUCACCAUGGUUGUUAGAACAAAAAGGCAAAAGGAGCUUCUGCUCAGAUGCAAAAACCAGCUUUGAAGUGCAGGAGAUGUCUACAAAACUGAGCCUUGUGAAAGGAUCUGGUAAGCAAAGAUUUAUGAAUGAGGAUUCCUAUUACUUCAUUUUGAGAGAAAGCUAUGAAUCUAAUAUCAAGGUAAAUAAAAAUCCAGAUAAUGACUGUGAAUUUUAUGGAAUUGCAGAGAAAUUCAGACAGUAUUCAAGCCUAAAUCAAUAUAAGAAAAUGACCUCUGGAAAUGAUUAUCAUCAGAAUAAUGACUACAACAAAUACUUCCCUGAAAAAGCAGAACUCCUUCAGUCUCAUGGGAAACCUCCUGAAAUACUCAUUUACCAAGAUAAUCUAGAGGAGAUGGCCUUCACUUGGAGUUCCAGCCUCAUUAUACAUCCAAAAAGUAAUCCUGGAAAGACACUUUCUGUGACCAGUAAAGAUGGUAAAGCCUUCAGUCAGAACUCUGAAUGUGCUCGAGAUCAGAGAAUUCACACUGGAGAGAAACCUUAUGAAUGUAAACAAUGUGGAAAGGCUUUCACAGAGGAGGGCUCUCUUGCUGAACAUCAGAAAAUCCACCCUGGAGAGAAACCUUAUAAAUGUAAACAGUGUGGAAAGACUUUCACAGAGAAGGGCAAUCUUGCUAGACAUCAGACAGUCCACACUGGAGUGAAACCAUUUAAAUGUAAACAGUGUGGAAAGACCUUUGCACGGAGUUCUAGUCUUACUGCACAUCAUAGAAUCCACACUGGAGAGAAACCUUAUGAAUGUAAACAAUGUGGAAAGGCUUUUACAGUGAGUGCCCAUCUUGCCAGACAUCAGAGAAUCCACACUGGAGCCAAACCAUUUAAAUGUAAACAGUGUGGAAAGGCUUUCACACAGAGGGGCCAUCUUGCUGAACAUCAGAGAUUCCACACUGGAGAGAAACCGUAUGAUUGUAAAGAAUGUGGAAAGGCUUUUACACUGAGAGGCCAUCUUGCUGCACAUCAUAGAAUCCACACUGGAGAGAAACCUUAUAAAUGUAAACAGUGUGGAAAGACCUUCACACAGAGCUCGAAUCUUGCUGCACAUCAGAAAAUCCACACUGGAGAGAAACCUUAUGAAUGUAAACAAUGUGGAAAGGCUUUUAGAGGGAGGGGCCAUCUUGCUGCUCAUCAGAGAGUACACACUGGAGAGAAACCUUAUGAAUGUAAAUUGUGGAAAGACCUUCACACAGAGCUCUAAUCUUACUGAACAUCAUAGAAUUCACAGUGGAGAGAAACCAUUUAAAUGUAAACAAUGUGGAAAGGCUACAGAGUAUCACAUACUUGCUGAAUAUCAGAUAACCCACACUGGAGAGAAACCUUAUGAAUGUAAACAGUGUAGAAAGGCUUUCACAUGGAGGGGCUCUCUACACAUCAGAAUCCACACUGGAGAAAAACUAUGAAUGUAAUCAGUUUGGAAAUGCUUUCACAUUUCACACAAAUAACUCCACACCUGGUAAAUGUCACACUGGAGAAAAAUCUCAUGACAGUCAUGUAUGAACAGGAGCUUUUAGUUGCUACUUGUAGCUCAUUUAUGUGUCAAAUUUUAUUUAAGAAUAGUCAAUUUAGAUAAAUAGAAUCAAAUUCUUCAAACUGGGUAAUUAGGUUUAUUGGAAGAGGAAUCCUCCAAUAAAGCUGAACUCCUGAUUAAUGUCAGAAAACCUGAGUAGUGUGAGAGACCUACUUUUAUAAAACAACAGUCAAGUUUUCCAGAAAAGAAUAAGAAUAGCCAUAUCCUUUGUUAAGAGAAUUUUCUUAAUCUCUCCCUUUUUCUAUUUAAGAGGCAGGGGAGCAAAAAGAUUUCUGAGUACGAACCUCACCCCUGCUGUGCAGGUUGACAGUUGAGAACAGUUAGAAGGGUGUGGUUGAGAAUUGGUUAGUGAGUUGCAGGCAGUUGGAAAGGAGCUUUUGUCUCUGGGUUCCCUGGAGAGCAGAGGUAUCCGUGUCUCUGAGACAAAUUGGCAAGUGGAUAAAUAAUUGACAGUGGAUAAAGAGAAAUGUAUUUAAGGCGGUGGAAGGUGAUUAAUGAUUUUUUUUUAUUAAUGCUUAUUGAUUAACUUAGAUAGGUAUUUAGAUAGUGGGUAUAUUCUUAGAUAGACAGAGUAGGUAGAUAGGCUGGGCCUGGCCUAGCAGAAGACAGUGCCCUAAAAGACAGAUUUAGGAGUUUUUAGAAAAUUUUAGUUAGGAUUGGGAUCUUAGGUAUAGGUAUAAGAGUUCUCUCACUUUCCUCCUUUCUAUUUCCUAUCCAAAUUUUCCUCAAAAUAAACUAAGUGUUUUGUGUUUAAGAAACUGAUCUCUUGACUUUUGUUUAAACUCCUACCCCAAAAUUUUAACCCUUCACAGCCUGGAGAGCCAGCUAGGAAUUUGAUUAAUCUUAAUAUUCUGUUCCUUAUUAAUAAUAGGAACAAGUAGAGGUGCUAGAUAUCAUGGUAUGGGUAGUAAAGGAGGUGGUGCCAAUUUACCUCAGACAACUCCCAUGACCUGAGACCUUCAAUGAGAUUUUACAUCUCACUGUUUUGGAUUGUCUUUGGUUAGUACGCUUAUGGGAGUAUUUGUGAUGUCCACAUUGUUUUGAGGGCACCAACUAUCAAGUAUUUAUUUCAAUCCUUACCAAGAAAAGGAAACAACUAAAAGAGAAAUUAAUGAAGACUAAAGAUUGCAUCUCUCAGCUGCCUAAAACUAUUGGCCAAUAAAAUGAAACUAUCUCUCACUUGA